AUGAGCUUUUCCUAUCUGAGUAGACCGAAAAUUCGACUUUUUGGAAGGGACGUUAAAAAGGGACCCCCCCGAAAGGCGAAUAGGAAGCUUCAAGCCAUCUGGGAUUCCACCUUUGAUCGAGAUGAAGUUGUAGUUUUAACUAGGAAUCCAAGGGUUGCCGAUCAAAAAAGAGGGCGGGGUUGGGUCUGGCCUUCUCCUCAUCAUAUUAAAGGGGCUCUGUAUGAGGCUCGUACUGCGGAGCAAUCGAAGAAUAAGGGCGCGCAUUCUAUCUACAAAAGAAGGUCAACGGGGGAUACUAAAGUUGCUCUCACUGACACCAUCUACGAGAAGGUGAGGUCGUCUUUCUUUCCAGCCGCCAUACGGUUCGCCUUAAAGCCGGAGAAAGGGAGGAGCUGUUAUCUAUGUAAUUACGAUCUUUGUUGGCCGUUGUUCCGGUCGAGCACUCUCUUUUCUUUGCUUUGUUCAAUAGAGUCUUACCAAACAAGACUGACUUCUAACCAACCCGCGAAGGGUUGUGAAGUUGGACCAGGUACGAAGAUUGAAUCUAUAUCUUUGUACGAUACGGAAGUUGCUGGCCGGCGGCCGCUCAACUAUUCGAGCGCAAUACAGUGGUGGUUGGUUCCGAUUCGACAAGGGUAUAAUGCCUGGUCGAAGGUCCAGUACAGUGGCUAG